AUGAUGCUGCCGCUGCCCUCCGCAGCAGUUGUACAAGAAACUAAGAUAUCAGAGCCAGACUAUGGUAUUUCUGCAGUUCCUGCACCUGCAUAUACACCCCAACAUAGACAAGAUGAUGUCCUGCCUCAACUACCCGUACGCAGGGGGAAGAAGCGGGCAGAGAGCCUUAGAUAUGUUGGGGCUAUAACUCUUUUCUUCCUUGCAGCUGUGCUGCUUCAACGCGUCUUCGGCGGUGUACAUACAUCUGAAGAUGCAGGACAACCCCUCCAAACGCAGCGAGCCUCCCAUAUGCUUCCCAUGCCCCAGCCAAAGCAGCAGCAGCAGCAGGAAGAGGAGCAGCAGCAGCAGCAGCAACAGAAGCAGGAGGAGGGGCAGGAGAAAAAGCAGCAGCUGCAGCUGCAGCCGCUACAGCAGCAGCAACAGCGGCUGCAGCUGCUUACAGAUCCUUUCAAUCUCCCUACACCCCUACAUAUACAACUUUGGAGGAGCAGCAGCAAGAGAAGAGCCCAAAGCCGCAGCACGACCAUCAGCAGCAGCAGCAGCAGCAGCAAUAGCCGCAGCAGCAACAGAAGCAGCAACAGCAAAGUCAUCAACAGCGCCUAG